AGUCAAGAUGGCGCUGGUCUGUUUGCCGAGCAGCAGUCAAGGCUCUCUCCGCGGCGAAGGUAAAUAAUCCGCGCGAACAAGGCUCGCCCGCGAGCGACGAGGAAGACGACUCGUGCACAUCACCUCCCGGCCCCCCAGUGCAACGAGGAUACAGUCGCACCUCGGAACCGAGCCAGUCGACGUCGCAGAGGCGCCCGCGUCAUCGCCCUCGCGGGACAGCAGCAGAGUGAGUGAGAAAGGAACAACUGGCUAAUACGACGGACCUAGAGAGAGAUAGAUAGAGAGUGCGUGUGUUUGUGCUACGCAACCUAGUGCUAUACCGCAGCACCACGACGAGGAGGAGCCAAGCGACUCCUCGGCAGCACUGUCUGACCCAGUGUUUGUGCUAACCGUUGGCCUAGAGAGAAAAAGAUAGAUAUAAGGAGCCUUGACGUCGCUCUUCGUUUUUUUCGCUCGCUUUGCUCUCGUGCCCUCCACUGCACCGUCGGCCUAUCUUCGCGGCAGUUCGUCUCUCUCUCUCUCCCUCUCUCUCCGUCUUGUUCGGCGCACCUGAGGAAUGCGAGAGGACUGCUCGCUCCCGUGGCUGCCAUCAGCGGUGGAAAAGUCCGACGAGGAAAUCGUGGCCUAGAAGAAGAGGCACAUACGAUAGUGCAUAGCACAGCAGUGUCUCUUUCUCGCUCUCUGUGCAGUGUCGCGGAGGUCAAGGCGCCCGUAGGUACAUCACUGCAGAGUACACAGGCAGUGUAGCACGUUACGUGUGUACGCGUACACAUCGGUCGGACGGAAGCAGUGUCUCGAAAAGAGACGGUGUGUGGGCGCGAUAAACAAAAGACAGUGGGAAAAGUAAAAUCGGCAAGGCUGUGUGACGCAUGUGUCGUGUCGCGGACAGCUCGACAACAGCAGCAGCGUCUUCGUCGUCGCCGGUAGCAGUCCUAGCCGCAGUUCGAUGCCGCUGUCCACGUCCGGUCACGAGGAAGCAGCAGCAGCAGCAGCAGCAUCAGAGAUCCCGUAGCAUCGUCGCAGCGCGAGUCGAGCUACUAUAUCAGUGUCGUCGGGAGUGGUAUCAGCAGCGGCAGCAGCGAACCGAGCGGCAGCAGGUACGAGCAGGGAAGGCAGCGGAGGAGGAAGCGGGAACACGCGAGCACUGGGCCAGGGAGGCGCCGGAAGCUCCAGAGACUCCGGAAGCCUAACGAAGAAGAUGGCCUUCAACGAGAAGGUGGACCCCGAGCUGAUAUUCACGAAACAAGAGAGGAUCGGCAAAGGCAGCUUCGGCGAGGUCUUCAAAGGCAUCGACAAUCGAACCCAACAAGUCGUCGCCAUCAAGAUCAUCGACCUCGAAGAAGCCGAGGAUGAGAUCGAGGACAUCCAGCAGGAGAUUAUGGUCCUAUCCCAGUGUGACAGCCCCUACGUCACCAAAUAUUAUGGAUCCUACCUCAAGGGCACAAAGCUAUGGAUCAUCAUGGAGUACCUGGGCGGCGGCUCGGCCCUGGACCUGAUGAAAGCCGGAAGCUUCGAGGAGAUGCACAUAGCGGUUAUCCUCCGGGAGGUUCUCAAGGGCCUCGACUACCUGCACAGCGAACGAAAGCUGCAUCGUGAUAUCAAAGCGGCGAACGUUCUCCUCAGCGAGAUGGGCGACGUGAAGCUUGCGGACUUCGGUGUGGCUGGCCAGCUGACGAACACCACCAGCAAAAGGAACACUUUCGUCGGCACACCCUUCUGGAUGGCGCCAGAAGUUAUCAAACAGUCCGCCUACGAUUCCAAGGCGGACAUUUGGUCCCUGGGCAUCACGGCGAUCGAGCUGGCCAAGGGCGAGCCUCCAAACAGCGAGCUUCACCCGAUGAGGGUGCUCUUCCUCAUCCCGAAGAACAACCCGCCCCAGCUCACCGGCAACUACACCAAACAAUUCAAGGAGUUCGUCGAGGCGUGUCUCAAUAAAGACCCGGAGAACAGGCCGACGGCGAAGGAACUCCUGAAGUUCCAGUUCAUCAGAAAGGCCAAGAAGAACUCGUACCUGAUUGACCUGAUUGACAGGUAUAAGAAGUGGAAGUCCCAGCGUAGCGAGGAGUCCGAGACGGAGAGUGAGAAUUCGGACUCGGAAGAGUCGAAGCAGGAUAGCGACAUGGACGAGCCGUGGAUAAUGACGGUGAAGGGACCCCACGGGGUCAAGGGAUCCUCGGGCGUUCCCAUGAUGCCUCUUGAGGAACAGCAGCAGCAACAGCAACCGGCCUCGCUGAACCUCAGCCAUACGCCGAACCACAGGCCUCAACACAAUCAACACAGCCAGCAGCAGCAACAGCAGCAGACGCAGUCCAAGCCACACGCGAACGGAGCAUCCAGGUCGCCGCCUAAAGAGUCCAAUCUCAACCAUUACAAGAACGACUCGAGGGACUCGUCGCGAGAUGGACAAAACAAGCUUAUGCCGUCCCGACCACACGAGGCAGCACCAAAACCGCCUUCAACAGCCGACACACGUGAUAGUCGCGACUACCACGACUCUAGUCGAGAUUCGACACUGAGAAGUGCCAAGGAUCUGCUGCGACGUAGAGACCAGGGAUUGGAAAUUGACGAAAGGGAGCAGCGCCAGAGGAAGAGCAAGUCUGAGGUUCCGGUCGAGCAUCGGUCAACCUCCGAAGAAAAACAACAGCAGCAGAGACCGAGAAGUUCGAUGGAGCUCAAGCAUCCACGCAGUCCGGUUCUCAACGGCGUCAUCUUUCCGCUGCUGUCCGAUCUGCAACGUAAAUAUCAAUAUGCCGCAAGGGACAACGGCGACGGCGGCAACACCAGCAGACAAAGUGGAGCGUUGAAUGAACUGAGAGAUGCCUUUGAAGUCGCCGAACGAACGUCGCCUGGUAUGAGCGAGAAUCUGGUCAAGGAAAUCCUCAAAGCGCUUCUCCCGACCAACCAUUCGGAUGCUCGGCUUUCCAUGCUUAUGGAGAAAGUUGUGUCAAAGGACACGUAGGGACGUGAGACAGCGAGGAUUCGCAGAAGACUGUGUUUGGAAAAUACAUUAACACUUUAGACGAUGGGUCGUGUUCUGUGGAUUCGCCAAGAUCGUCAAGUUUGUUAGCGAUACCUGAUUUGCAGCACCAGCUCCUCAAAUCCUGCUGUGCGAAUCUGACAUUGGACUUCAGAUUGACGUGAUCUCGCAGGGUUUUUGCGUUGCACCUGCAACUAGGUUUUCGUUUGACUUUUUUGCUUUUGUUUUAUUUUAAGAGUAACUGUAAAAAGUAAAGUUACAGACGAGAGGACUCUGUGGGUGUAAGUGCGUUUCGUUUCUCUUCUAUUUCAAGGAAACUUUUUCUUUCUUUUUUUCUUUAUUAUUUGUUGGAAGUUUUUACAAUUUGGCUGUUCGACGAAAGGCCAGAAUUAGUUGACUUGUUCUUGCCUCAUUGCAGAGCUAUCUGGAAUUCGCGCUAGUCUUUCAGUCGCCUCCUAUAACGCUUGACGAUCGGAAGAAAGUCGAAAGAUAAUGUGUAUUUGUGAUUAUUUCAAAUGAAUUAUGAAAAGUAAUUGUUUACUUACGUUUAAUUCAAGUAUUAUUGUUGCAGUGCCAAAUGUUUUGAAUUUUUCAAAUAAUAAAUUGUUAAAGCAGGAUGUGGCGUUUAAAGAAAAAUAAAACCUUGAGUACAAAAUAUCAAAAGAAAGAACAAGGAAAAAAUAUAGCUAUAAUGAAAGUAGUCCAUCAGUAAUAAUGAAAAAUGAAUCUCUAGAUUAAGGGCAAGUGUAUUAGCGUAUAUAACGUGCUUUUUAAACAAAAGUAGACAUCGAUAUUAAAAAUAUCACCAUAAUGAUAUUUUUCCAGGCGUGUAGCACUUAGACCUGAUUAUUUUUCAUAAUUCAUAUAAAUAAAAAGAUGUUCAAGACUGCCUCAGAUGUUUCCUUUUGCUCUUAGUAGUUGAGCGGCGUAGUGUCUCCAGACAUUCGCACGAUUCUUAAAAUGAUAGCUUCUGCAGAGUAAUGUUUUAAAGCAACGCGAAUAGCUCGGAGCAAUGCUAGUGGCGUGCGUUGUUAAUUUUAAAUAAAGAAAAAAAAGUAAGCGAUUACACGCGUUUCGGAUUCUGUUUAAGAAAGAGUGAAAUCAGAAGUAGAAAAAUCUUAGCCUCGUUGCCAGAGGCUCUGUAAAUAUGUAUUUAGCGCGUUAAAAUAGAAAUCUUGUUCUAAUUAUCGACGUGCCUGCUGAAUCGUCCUGAAAGUCCGCGAUAAAAGUACGCAGGACGCAUCCUUAAAUAGUCAAGGGAGCAGAGUGAUUAAUUUCGAACGAUAGCGAAAAAAUUUACAGCCAAUGUUGUUACUUGUACAAGUGCAUGUAGUGUAGACGCAGCAAUUGCAUUAUGCAAGUAAAUAAAAUUUUUCAACCCAA